AUGGUAGCUCGUCACACUUCAAACCCCAUCAGAGCAGAUAGUUUGGAUGCUGAAAUGACCGGUGACCACGCCGUGACAGGGCCGGUAAAGGCCAUGAUCUUCAAAGGAGAGCUUUUUGUCAUUGAAGAUAAAGGGAUGACGGAUUACUACGGCACUCGACUUUUCGCUACUCUAGACGCCAUACAUCGUGCCUUGGUGUCCUUCCCCGACCGGGCACAGCUGCCGAGCUGCGAAUUCAUCAUCUCCUGGGGAGAUAAGCCUGCGCGUGGCGCUCCAGUCUGGGGAUAUACAAAGAACGACACGCCGGAGUACUACGACACAUGGCUGAUGCCGGAUUUUGGGUUUUUCAGUUGGCCGGAACCGAAGACAGGCGCGUACACUGAGAUUCGGCGUGCCAUCAGGAGAGUGGAGAAAGAAACGCCUUUUGAGAAGAAGGUACCAAAGCUUGUCUGGCGGGGGGCACCCCUGAUUGAAGAUCGAGUGAAAUUUUUGGAUUACACGCAGCAAAAGGCCUGGGCCGAUGUCCGGGUCAUCAACUGGGAAGAUGGAAAUGAUCUCGAAAAGAAUUAUUUGACGCUGGCGGAACACUGCCGCUACAUGUUCAUCGCCCAUGUUUCGGGCCUCAGUUGGAGUGGCCAAGGCAAAUACACCCGCAACUGUCAUUCAGUCCUUAUAUCUCAUGAACUAGAGUGGCGCGAGAUCUACGACUCUGCACUAGUUUACUCCGGUCCUGAACAGAAUGCUGUUAGGGUUGCAGAUGAUUGGUCUGACCUCGAUGCAACCAUGGAAACCUUUCUUGCAAACACCACAGCGGCAAAGACCAUUGCUGACAAUGCCAAGGACUCGCUGCACGAUAGGUACCUGACGCCCGCAGCUGAAGCUUGCUAUUGGAGGAGACUCAUCCAGGGCUACGCCUCAGUUAGUUUCGACCCGGAGCUUUACGAAGCCGACGAACAGACCCUGCGAGGGGUGCCCUAUGAGUCAUUCACACUGCUUCGGAAAGUUCACUGGGACGCGUAUUGA